AUGAAAAGGGGCGUGCCUUAUUUUGGAGCUGAAGCAUAUAUUGCAUCAUGGGGCUUAAAUGUGGCUGGAGACCAACAUUCAUCCACAAAUAUGUGGGUUCAAAAUGGUCCUCCUGAUCAAUUAAAUGUCAUACUUGCUGGAUGGACGGUUUCGCCCAUGUUAAAUGGAGAUGACCACACUCGACUUUUCACAAUUUGGACAGCAGAUAAUGCUUGGAUCACCGGAUGCUACAACCAACUUUGCUCAGGUUUUAUAACAAUAGAUACUGUAAUAACUCCAGGCUUGAUUGUAUCGCCAAUUUCAUUUUGGGGUGGUAGCCAAUAUGACACAAAGUACCUUAUUUAUCAGGAUCGACCAACUGGGAAUUGGUGGUUUGUGGUAACUAAUAACAAUACGUUUGUGGGUUAUUGGCCUAAGGAACUGUUCAAUCAUUUAAGUGAUGGAGCUGAAACUGUGGAAUUGCUAUAG